AGCAUUGCCCAUUCGUCGCUCGAACGUUGCGGUAGUUGGCUAGUUGUUGUCGUUACUAUGUGGAUCAAGAGAUUAGGGCGUGCCCUUGCCCACGUGCCGGAAUUUACAUUUCGUCGCCAAUUCAGUGGACGCAUUGUGAAUGGAGGUUCUUGCAUUGAGGUGCUACCCGAUUCGGGUUCAUCUACAUUAACCUUUCCCGGUGUCUGGUUAAGAGACAAUUGUCGAUGUUCCACUUGCUUCCAUGAUAGCUCACAAUCCCGACGUUUGGACUGGGAUAAAUUUGAUACGAAUAUUCAAGCAUUGGCCCUGCACACAGAUGAGUCCAAGCAGCAGUUACAAAUCACCUGGAGUGAUAAGCAUAAGAGUAACUAUGAUCUUAAAUGGCUAAAGCAACGUAGUUUCAAUGCCUCAAAUCGUCGCUCCUAUCUGGAUGAUUUCUAUAGGCCACGCACUCGGCAUUGGGCUGGUGAAGAGUUUCAGCAAAUUGCCGCCAAAUAUAAUUAUGAGCAAGUGAUGCAGGAAGAUGCAGUACUCCAGCAAUGGUUACAAUCUCUAGCUGUCUAUGGUGUGGCAUUAUUAAGGGGGGCACCGCUUGAUGAGGGUGUUGUUCGACGUUUGGCCGAACGUGUGGGUUUCAUACGACGGACAACCUAUGGCGAGGAAUUCAUUGUGCAGGCCAAACCGGGAGCACAGAAUUUUGCCUAUUUAUCCGAACCACUGCCACUGCAUACGGAUUUGCCGUAUUAUGAGUAUAAACCAAGUGUAAAUAUACUCCAUUGUGUGGUACAAACUGAAUCAAAGGGCGGUAGCAAUCUUCUUGUCGAUGCCUUUCACAUAGCAGAUCGUUUGCGAAGUGAAUAUCCUGAAGAUUUUGAAAGAUUGCAAAGGAUUCAGGUCGAUUGGAAUGAUAUUGGCAGUGAGGAUGGUCGGGAGUUUCAUAAUAUAUGGCGUGCUCCAGUUAUUUGUGUCGAUGCCGAGGGCCAAUAUACGCGUAUUAAUCACAGUGUUCCCCAACGGGAUAGCCAUUUCACGGUGCCCAUUGAGCAAGUGCAACCGUGGUAUGAAUCAUAUGCCCGUUUUGUGCGUUUAGCUCGUUCCGAUGCCCAUGCCUUCAAGACACAACCGGGCGAUGUGUUAACCUUUAAUAAUAUACGAUUACUUCAUGGACGUACUGGUUAUGAUGAUACCGAACAGAAUUCUCGUUAUAUUGUUGGUGCCUAUCUUGACUGGGAUAUUAUCUAUUCGCGUUUGCGUGUACUCAAGAAGAAGAAGGCCGAACAAAUCACGAAAUGAGAUGCCAAUAAAAGUUAAACAUAUUUUCCAAAACA